GCUGUGCGGAUGUGUGCGCGCUUUCGUCGUCUGGGGAAAUUGCUGGUCAAAUCACAACUACGAGCUACGAACUUCGAACCUACAAAGCUAGCUGUUUGGCGGUCCGUUCUGCCCCAACCACCGUACCGUCGCUGUUGUUCCGACUACCGUCCGCCAACACCGCUCCUCCCACCCACCCACGCGGUCGAGGAAAAUCUAAGGAAAAGCGCGCGCGCGACAAGUGAAGCGCACAGGUUAUAACUGUGCUCGUAUGGGUGAAACAGUGAAGCAGUGUUUAUUUGUGUGAUUUCUUUUGUUUGCUGGCCAAUUGUGGGGCUUAAUUGAAUGCUUGUCUCAUAUGGGCUAACAGAACCCACAGGCCAAAGAAAAAAAAAAUACAAAAACAACAUCAGCAAAAGCCUACUCGAGUGUUUCGCAACGCCAUAAAAAAGCAAAUAUAUAUAUUGGAAAAAAGAGGAGAAAUACCAAAGCGGUACAUAUACACGCACAUAUCGACGAGAAGAGAAGCUAAGCCAGAAACACUAUAUAUAUGUAUAUGUUUGUAUAUAUAUAUAUGGCAUAUAGCAUAUAAAAACCAGUUUCGAGCCGCAGCAGAAUCAAAAGCAGCGCAGUCGCAGCGUUUUGGCCGAGCUUCUAUGGACUGGAUCAUUGUUGUAUAAACUUAAUUGGCUUCAUAAUACUUCACAAAAGAACUUUGGCGCCUAAGUGAAUUGCAAACAAAUCAGUGCAGCCAGCAAAUAAAUAAAUCAUUUGAGAUAUUUACAAUAAGAAUCAUGCCACCCACCGAACUGAGGAGACUGGUCCUGGUCGCGAUCAUUGCGAUCAUAAGCCUGACAAUCGGCGCAGGAGGAGUACUGGGCGAAAAUUCAUCCAGUUGCGGACCCAACUUCCCGGCAGCAUGCAGUUGCGGCAAGGAAUUGUACGAAAGCGAUAUGCAGUACGUGGUGAACUGCACUAACGCCGGACUGGUUAAUACCAGUGUCCUGGAGUUCAUGCCCGAUCAGGUGGAGGUGCUCAUCUUUACGGGCAACCGGAUCACGGAACUGCCGUGGAACGUCUUCGGCAGCAUCAAUGACUACAAGCAGCUGCGCAUCGUGGACAUGAGCAGCAACCACAUCCGGGAAAUUCGUGGCAAGAGCUACCACCAUGUGCCGCGUGUGGAGCGCCUGAUCCUUAAUCACAAUAAUUUGAGUAUCUCGCGGUAUGAUGACGAGGUCAACCACCAUCAUCCUCGCGUCUUCUCGAACUUUAUUAACCUGCAGAGUCUGCAUCUCACCGAUGCCUUUGAGGAUAACAGUUCGCCGCAGUUGAGUGAGGAUCUGCACGAUAUCUUUGUCAACAGUCAGCUAGUGAAGCUACAAAAGCUUCAUUUGGAGCAAAACGAGAUCACGCACUUCAAAGAUCGUAACGUAUUCUGCGACCUGCCCUCGUUGCGUGAUCUCCAUUUAGGGGACAACGGGCUGCAUGACCUUAACUUUGAGGUUCGCUGCUUGAAUAACCUGCGCUUCCUCGACCUAGAGCGCAAUAAAUUUGGCUUUGUAAAGCCUACAGAUCUGCGGGUGCUAAACGAGCUGGAGGAUCGACCAAACCGCACCGCCAAUCUGAUUGUGGACUUCAACCUCAACCCGUUUGUCUGCGACUGUCGCAUCGCUCCGUUCCACGCGUGGAUACCCUCCACCCGAGUAACGGUACGAAACAAGGAUAGUUUAAUGUGCUUCCACUCGCCGGGUCGCGUGGACGCCUCGCCCGCCCACCUCCUUCAGAUGGAUAUGAGUCAGUGUGCGGAUGCCAUCGCCGCCGCUGCCACGAUCCUGAAUACCGCUGAAAAGGAGCAGCGUUUCGGAGGCGCGGAGCCGUCCAUUCAGCAGCAGGCUCACAUCAGCGGACACACGGCCACUCUGAUCUUCCUGCUAAUUGUUCUCACCAUGAUCCUGCUGGGACUCCUGGUGGCACUCGUCUACGUCAGCAGGGACAAGUUGAAAUACAUGAUAACGCCUGUGUUUGACAACGUGGCCAAGAAGGUGCAGUACACAUCUAUUAAGGAUGAAGACUGCCCGGAGGUGCACGUCUAGGACCUCCACUUCAACACCUACACCCACAGGAUCAACACAAAAAGAGAGAGAGAGGAAAAACGUCCGGUUUUAUAUUCAAUUCCAAUCAAAACUUUAUUCGAAUUCAAAAAAGUUCCUGCGAUUUCAAUUAGCUUAAGCUUCUUUAUCUAAAAGUGUACUUUCUAAGAGAUGUAAAAUUUCUGCAGUCUCCAACUUAUUUACCAAUUUAUAAAAUACUUAAUUUGGUAAUUGGAAUUGAUUUUGAAACCGGGCUCACAUCCUAAGUUUCGUUUUUGCCAUUCGCGUUACGCUAAACGUGUGCCAUUCACAGCGGAAGAGGAUGAGGAUGAGAAAAUAAUUGGAUCAUUAUAAUGUCCCUACCAAUAAUCAGGACUCCAAUAUUUUGUUUCGUAGUACUUAAGCCAAUUGUUGCAUUUAACAGCGAAUGGAUUCAAUGCAACACAAUCACAUAACACAGACAAGACACAAUUUCGUUAGUUUUAGCGGUUUUCUAACUUAACCUUAAGUCAAUUAUGCUUUCUAUGAUUUCCACACAAAGGAAUCGUACGAGAGAAGAAGGCAAAGCGGGCCUGUAACAACCGAUUUGACCACACAUAUAUAGUGACAUAUAUAUACAUAUAUAUAUAGAAACAGACACAUAUAUAUAAAUGCAUAUAUCGUAACAAACACUUUAGUGUUAUCUGUGAUUUAAGUUUAGUAGCUUUACUUUGUUGAAACUUUGCAGAUCGAACAUUUGAAAAUCGAAAUUGGUCAAAAAACAAACUUUAAUUCUUUUUAUAGCAUAACAGAUAAUUCUAUACUUAAUGAAAGGAAAAUGUUUCGAUGCUUAAUAUGUUAUUAAUCAAUUUAUUUGUCAAUUAUUCUAGCUAUACGAUGAUUUCACCCUUGAUUAACUACCAUUAACAAGCAUUUUUUAUAAAUAAAAUUUUGAAAAAUGAAAAA